UGUGUCACCAAUCGAUUCAUUCGGAACAAUCGGACAUAGUCGACCCGGGUAAACAGUAACUGUCCAAACAAACAGACAUUGCUGUGAUUUUAAUCAUAAAUAUUGUCUGAGAAUAAAAGGAAACAAAUAACGGCAAGAUGUUUCGAGUAAUGGGCUCCAUGAUGCCCUACCGAAAUAAGGCAUAUGACAUUUAUAGGAGAAACUUUAGCGAAGCAUCGGCUGUUGGUUUUCUGUCCGCGAUUUUGUUCACAGUUUUUUCUGAGCCCGUAAAAAAUCUCGUCGAUUUUGGUGAAAAAUGGAUGGAAUUAUCAGGUAUUCCGUACCAAAUGAACAUAGCCAUGUUUGGAUUUAUUGUCGGAUAUGGUUCAACAAAAAUGUUCUUGCUCAUGAGGAUGCAGUUAUUCAAAAUGUUGCUGGGCUACCAAGGGUGGAUGUUCAACACCAAAUCAACUACCACUAAAAUGUGGGCAUUGAUGUUGGGCUUGUUGAGAGGGAAUGGAAAAUACCCAUGCUUCUAUUUUGAACCAUUGUUACCAAGACUCCCUAUACCAGAACUUAAUGCUACACUUGACAGAUUCCUUGCAUCCAUGAAACCUAUUUUGUCAGAUGAAGAUUUUAUAGAGCUGCUGACAGCAACAGAGACUUUCAGGACAAAGGAGGGACCAAAACUUCAAGAAUACCUACAGCGCAGAUCGAUCAAUAAGCGAUGUUGGGUGGAGGAUUUCUGGUUACAGUUAGCAUACCUGGGCUGGAGAGAGCCAAGUGCAGUUAAUGUGAAUUGUUAUGCUGUCGACAGGAAGACCUCCCCAACAACCAACCAGCUUGCACGAGCAGCCAAUAUCAUUCACCAUGUUGUUAAAUAUUAUGAAGCAAUCUGUGAGGAAACAUUGGUUCCACAAUAUAUGCAAGACUUAAUACCUCUCACCAUGGAUGGUUACAGAAAAACGCAUUGCACAGCUCGCCUCCCCAAAAUUGGCAUGGACGGACAAAUCACAUACAAGGACCAGAAACAUAUUGUUAUAUAUAGAAAAGGGGUGUACUUUAAACUGGACGUAUAUAAGACCGACAGUGAUGGCAAGGAGGUUCAGUUGUCCAUUCCCGAACUGUAUGUGAUACUUCAACAAGUUAUUAACCUCGCUGAUGAUGCAAAAGAUUUCUGCCCUGUUGGAGUUUUUACAGCACAAAACAGAGAUUAUUGGGCCAAGGUUAGGGAAAGACUGGUUGCAAUAGAUGUUAACAAAGAAAGUUUAGCAAGUAUUGAGAGCAGUAUAGGCCUGUUUUCUAUUGAAGAAGAAAGUCCUAAGGGUUUGGAUGAGGAGGCUUCAUUUACCAUGACAGGACAAGGACCAAACAGAUUCUUUGACAAGUCUUUGCAGUAUAUUAUAUAUGCCAAUGGCAAGGCAGGAAUAAAUGCAGAACAUUCUUGUGGGGAUGCUACUUAUGCAGCACGUCUAUGGGAAUAUAUCUUAGCUGUAGAAACCUACAACAAUGACGGAGGUGUUGCCAAAAUCUCAGACCAACACUUGAAAAACCUUCCCACUCUUCAGAAGUUAGACUGGGACCUCAGAGACUUUGAAAGGGAACUUACAGAAUCUCAAGUCCAUUUCCAGAAACUGGCUGACAGUUUUGGAGUGAGACUGGUAUUUGCAGAGUAUGGUAAAGGUUACAUUAAAACAAAGAGAGUCAGUCCUGAUGGAUAUAUACAGAUGGCAAUUCAGUUGGCAUAUUAUAAACUUCAUGGUAAAUUUGUCAAGACAUACGAGUCAGCCUCCACCAGAUUGUUCGCCAAUGGUCGUACAGAGACGAUACGUCCUGUGACAGAAUCGUCUGUUGCCUGGUGUAAAGCUAUGUCAAGCAUGAAGAAGACUACGAGAGAUCAAAAGAUAUUACUCCUGAAGCGGGCAAUCAACGCCCAGACCAAGGUGAAGAACGAGGCUGUUGUUGGACUAGGCUGGGAUAGACAUAUGUUUGGUCUGUACGCCUGCUGUAAGGAGCUUGGAAUGGAGCCACCCGCAUUGUUCCAAAAUAAGAAUUGCUUCAUGCCAGAUGUGUUGAGUACGUCCCAGACCCCUACAAAAUAUACCCAUAUUUGGAAACAAGAGUCAUCAUGUCUUGGUGGAGGAUUUUCCCCAGUCAGUAAAGAUGGCUAUGGCGUCUCCUACAUUAUUGUUGGUGAAGAUAUCAUAUUGUUCCAUGUAAGCACCAACAAGAACUCGACAGAAACAUCCGAACAUAAGAUGUCAGAGGCCAUUCUGGAUGCCAUGAAUGAAAUGAAAUCCCUUCUUGAUUAAAUCUUCACAGUGCUCGCUAACAUGUAAAUUAAUUUGAAACAGACUAUAGAUAUGACAUUAUUUGGAAACACAAUUUGAAACAAACUUUACUUGAUAUUUUCUGUUUGCAUGAAAGAAGUGAAACCUCUUCUCGAUUUAAGCUGAAAAAAUGCUGGAAAUUAUCAUCUGAAGAUAAAAUAGAGAAAUAGACUAUAGAUUUCACAGUGGAGUACAUACAAUUUUUGAAACACACUAUAGUUGACUGUUCUGUUUUUUACUAAAGUCUAAGUGAUAUACUAGUAUCUAUAGUUUUAUUAUUGCACAAUUCUUACUUUUUCUGCACCUGGUGAUUUUAUUUUUAUUUUUUUCUUUGUUUUUUAACAAAUAAAACACAUUAUAAUUUUUUAUUUGCACCAAAUUUUCUUGAGAGAUAUUUUUGUUUAUUGUUUAAUGUUUAUAUUACUAUUUUUUUUUACUUAACAUAUAAAAUUCUUCCAAGUACUGAAGCUAUUGUUUUAAAAUGUAAACUCGCAGCUUAUUCUAUGCUCAUUUUUAUUUUUUUCAUACUUUUUUACUCUCAUUUUUUUUUUUUUUUUUUUAAAAAUGAAAUUGAUAUAAAAAUUGAGAUGGAUGAAUAAUGGAUGAAACAAAAGUGGUGGUAGUUACAUUGUUGUGUUCUUGAAUUAGGGUUACAUAAUGAGAUUGGAUCAUUUGAUAACAGUACAUUACAACAGAAAGUUACAUAUAUAAUGAUUGUCAUUUAUUGGAUGAUUCUAAAUCAGCCAUUUUGUUUUGUAUUCAUUGAGUGAAAGUUUUUUUGUUUUUUUUCUUGACAUUUUUUAUCAAGGGUACAGAGUUACACAAAGUGUAUGUAUAUGUUUUUGUUUCAAUAUCUGCAAAUGUAAAGUUGAUUGUAAUAAUAAUCAAUAGGUUUAUAAACUUGCAAUUUUCUCAAUUUGAUAAAAUGUAAUGUAAAAGUAAUCAAUAGGUUUGAGAGCUUGCAAUUUCUACAGUCGUUGUGGUACAGUGUAAUUGAAUAUACUGAUUUCCUUUUGGAUAUAGCGGUAACUCUUGUUUGUUAAUUGUUUUGAGCUCCUUUCUACAGUGACUAAUUACUCUUUUCAAUUACUCCUAAUGAUUCACAACGGUAAUUACCAACCCUGUUAGCUUACAAAUAGUUGAUAGUUCUAGGUGCAUGUAAAUGGAAUAAAAACUGCCAGGAAUAAUCGUUUUAAGAGAUAGAUAUAUUUGGUCAAUCUUUAACAAUACAGCUUCAUUGACGUCUCUUUGAUGUUAACAAUGUUGGUGCAACAAUUGUAUACAUGUAUUUUGAAAAGACUUUUUCCUGCUUUUUUAUUGCUUUAUUUAUUUUUGUCUGUCAAAAGUACCUUAUUUUUUGUAUGUCAAAAGUAUCUUAUUUUUUUAUAUCUUUUUUUAAAAGUCAGAUUUUUUUUUAGUUGUUUUAUAAAAUUCACCAGGCAUAGUUCUUUUUUGGUUCUUAUUAAAGUUUUAGAUUUUAAAUCAUGCCAAAUAGCUUACAGGAAAUAUUUCCUAUUGCCAUACAUUUUAAAGUUUUUUAUAUUUAUAACUGUUUUCCUGUUAUUUGAUUGAUAAUUUUUACAUUUAUAAUGAUGCACAUGUAUCAUGUAGUUUCUGUCUUUUUAAAGAAGGUUUGAUAUUUUUCAAGGUUUGAAAAUGUUUUGUCUUUUUUCAAGGUUUGAAAAUGGUAUGUCUUUUUUUCCCUUCAAUAUUUGAAGAUUUUAUGUCUUUUUUCAAGAUUGAAAGAUGUUAUGUCUUUUUUCAAGAUUUGAAGAUGUUAUGUUCUUUUUCAAGGUUUGAAAAUGUUAUGUCAUUUUCUUUCAAGGUUUGAAGAUUUUAUGUCUUUUUCUUCAAGGUUUGAAAAUGCUAUGUCCUUUUUCAAUGAUUUUAAGAGGUUAUGUCUUUGUUUCAAGAUUUUAAAAUGUCAUGAUGUACAUCGAUAUGAAUGGUUUUAAACUGUAUUUGUGUUUAAGUGACAGAUUUAUGCUCAGUUUUUAUACUGGUCAUUUAUUUUUAUCUUACUACUUUAGAUUUAAUAACCAUAUGGUUUUCAUUGUAUCCAUUCUUUAGUUAUAAUUAAGCAGGGAUUGGAUUCGAAUGUAGGAGAAUAGUUUUAAUUUUGCAAUGACAUUUUUCAAGCUUUUAUCACACCAUUGGCUAUUUUAACAGUUAUGUAUUGACCUUUAAGUAUGUCAUGUUUAAUUAUCUUAUCAAAGUCUUAGGUAAGUCAUAUAAAAGUAAGGCUAUCCUUUGUCACCAGUAUAGAGUCAGGCUGUCCUGCAAAUCGGUACAGUGUGACCAGGCUUUAUAGUGUCGACUGACUAUAAAAUCCCCCAAAAAUUUGAUAAUGGACAGUUCCAAAAUUUGAAACUGGAUGAGUCCAUUUAAGUAAUUCAGUGGAGUUAAGUUUUAAAAUUAGACAUGAUUUGCAAGUUUACAGUACUAGUAUAACACAAUUUACGAUUUGAAUAAGAAUGGAUGAUUGAAUUUUUGAUAUUAUAUUUAUGAAGGAAACAAGGCACAGUUGAGCAUCUAUGUAAGAUUUAUUAUGGAGAAUUUUUUUAAAUCUAUUUGAAAUUUUUACAUGCUUUACUACUCGCCUGUUUUUUCUGACAGUGUAAAAAUCCUGUAAUUUUACUAAGUGUUUUAAGCUGUUAAAUAAAUGGAUAGGCCUUAUUUAUGUGUUCACUUUGCUCAGCAAAACCACAAAUGUUUGUUUCUAUAUAUAUCUAAAUGUCUCGGUGAUUUAGGUGCUUUUUCAUAGCAGUUAAUAGGUAGAAUUUUUAGGGUUUGUGUCUAGAUUUAUUACUGCUAUAUCUUUCAAAUAACACUUUAUCAAAUGUAUAAGGUAGGUAUUUUAAUAUAUAUGAUGAAACAUUCUUGCUAGUGAAUUUUUAACAGUUUUACUGAAAUAACAUUUUUCAAUUUUUGCUUUAAAACCUUCCAAUGUUAACACUAAAAGUUGACACUUAUUUUUAGAAUCUAUAUAUCAAAUAGUUGUUUUGAACACAUGUGGGAAAAAAAAAUUUAUAUGAAAAUUUCACAUACUGUUGCGUGUGGUUUUCUGUGAAAUUGGUAUUCUUUAAAAGCAAAGAUUUUAAAGAUGAUAUAAAUGAACAUUAAUUUAUUAGAUUGGACAGAAUUUUGUCAUCGACUAAGCUGUAUGAAAAUAUUUUAUAUGUUGCAAUUUGUCCAAAUGUGAGGUUUUGAUAUUAUUCACUUUUAUUAAAUUGGAUUUUUGUUAUUUAAAGAUAUAAAAGUUGAACGUAAAAUGUAAAUGAUAUACUGAAAAAUUAAUUUCACAAAAUUAAUGGAAUCAUGAAAGUUCAAUUUAACAACACAUUCUUUUUUUUAUAUAUAUAUAUAUUUGAAAGUGAUGUCAUCAUAAAUUUGUUGAAAAUAAUUGUAACUUGGGUGAUUUUUUUCAUUAGAUGUGCUUUUAGAUUAUUUGUAUUCAUUAUAAUCAUCUUAAUUUGUUUUAUGUGAAUUAUAAUAGGCUGCUUCUCUUAGUUUAGUUGGGUUUUACUUUUGCGUUACAUGUUUAAUUUUAAAGAUUAGUUAAUAAUGUAAUAGUUAUUUUGUUGUAGAUUAAUUUAUUAAAGUAAUAUGCUAAAACCUACAUCCCCACUAUUUUAUAAAUAUAUGAGUAUAUGAGUGCACAGAUAAAACCCAGUAUUUUCACUGGUUAGCAUAUAUAAUAAAGCAUUUUAUGAUGAUGUUUAUGAGUAUAAUGAUACUAACUGAGUGACAUUAUUUCUGGAAGAUAUUGCCAAAUACAAAAUGCCUCAAAAAUUUAAAAAAUACAAUGUACUUUAGCACAAUGGCAGUUAUCGUCUUUCAAAAUUUUAUUGAAAUAAUGGCAUAGUUGAUGUAAUUUUCAUGCAAUAUGUAUCAUGUUUAAAUAGAGUAUUAAUCAAUUUCCAAUGUACUACAUUUAUUUUUUUGCAGAAUUUUUUUUUCUGUUGUUUUUGAGAACUUAUAUCAAUGUAUAUAGUUUUUGCCACCAGGAUAGGGCAAGGCUAUUCUUCACUGCAGGUGGAUACAGUCUGUAUUGGCUGAUUAACUUUCAAAUUGACAAUGCGAUAUCCCUUAAUAUUGAUAAUGAACUAUUCCGAAAUGAAAGUUGGAAAAGUCAAUUCAAUAAUUUCAGCAGGGUGCAGAGUGAAAUGAAAACAUGUGUCUGUGAAAUGGCUAUUUUUAGACACAUUUGUGAUAUUACUGGCCAGCUUUCUUGGGCAUUUGUAAUGCAAAGUAUAUCAUAUUAUUUUUUUUUUUGAAAAUCAUUUUAUUUUAGUUUCAUUCAUUUCUCAUUCAGAUAUUGGGAUCAAGUAACAGGGUACAAGGCAUAAAAAUACCUGACAUUAAUUAAAAAAGAUGGCAGUUUUAGAUUUUCCCUUCACUACAUGUAUAACGUAAAGAAUAAUUGAUAGAUCCCUACCCUGAUUUUUUAUUUGAAUAAUAAUGUAUUUAAACACAAACAUGAACAUGUUUUUUUUUAAUUAACAAAAUAAAUAUGUUGUUGUGCAAUUCUUAUUGUAUCCACUAAUCUGAUAAUUUGAAUUAGACAAAAUAGGGUCUACAUUUGAAAGACAUGAUAUAUUAUUAAAGACGUUGCAUAUAUCGAUCUCAUUAUGUUUUCUUUGUACAUUUUGUAUAAAUGAGGUAAAAUGUAUUUGAUAUUUUCAUAUUUCAAAGCUUAGCUUGUAAUAUAUUUUUGAUCCACUUUUAUUUUGUAAUAUUAGUGUUUACUUUUUCUUUGUUCAUUAAAAAUUUAUAAAAGAAUGAAACUUUUAAGUCACAUCAGUUAAAUAGAAAUUAACAGAAACUAUUAUGAUACUGUCUUAAUUGAUAAAAAAAGCACAACAAUUAAAUUUUUAUUUCACAACAUUUUUAUUUUUUCUCAAGGGAUUAGCUUAAUAUAGAAAUGAUCAUUUCUUUUAAAUCUGUUUUACCAAUUCGCAGAGCCAGGCAAAUGAAAGUAUAUUUAAAAGGUCAUAUUCAUGAUGGCCUACAUAGAUUGUUUGAAAUGGACUAUAACCAAAUAGCUGAUAUGAAAUGUACUAUUUCUCAACUUAUAAGAAAUGUUAGAUGUUACUGUUAAGGAGGACCAGCUAGUAGACUUACACAUAUAUAUUGCUUACAUUGUAAAUUUUCAGCUUGUAUUGCAUAAAUUUACGUAUUGUUUGUUAUAGUAUCAUUAUGCUUAUUAUUCACAUGGGUGUUAUGUGUACUAAUUUUGCUAGAUUUAUGUUCUUUUUGGAAUGAUAUUAUUCAUUUAAUAGUAUGAUUUCGAAUGUUAUUUCUUUAUUUAUAGCAUACGAUUUGUAUAUUUUACUCUGCAAGUAAAUUGAUAUACCAUUAAA